ACCGCGGGCCUCGUGCUGCUCGGCUCACGUUACGUGGUGUUGUGUGCACCCUUGUGGCGCGCGCCGGUUGCACGUGUUGUGUUUUAAGGCACGCCGCGCUGCUCUCGUUGCCAGCUCACUUUCUCUUUCACAUGGGCGUCGGCUGAAUGAUGCCCUGCGCCCCCCUAAUGAAGCCAAAACUCGGCUUCUCCAUUGAAUCCCUGGUGGGCGGCAAAGGAGGCUCGGAGGGCCGUGGUUCCCCGCCGCUGGCCGACACCUGCAGCGACCGCGGCGUGUCGCCUCCCACCUCCAUGCCACCGUCGCCGCUUUCCCCGGGCCCUCCUGCCUUCAGCGACCUUCGGGCGCCGUUGGCCAUGCGCGCCCUCCUCGAGGACAAGCCGCUGCCCAUCCAGAGACCGCAGCCCAUUAAUGGCGCCACACAAAGACCUUCUCAGGAAGUGAGUCUGCCGCCCUCGCUCCUGGCUGCAGCGAAGCUUCCCACGGGGUUCCCGCCCGCCCUCCUGCCGCACCAGCUCAACCUGGCCGCAUUGCCACAGCUGCAGGGACUUCCCGGGGCUUUUCCUCCGCAUCUGAACCCGCUCAUGAUGGGCGGGAACGUGCCCGGCCUGGCUGCCCACCUGCCGCGGGAGUACCCCCUUUACCCGUGGUUGCUGUCCAGACACGGCAGAGUCUUCCCCCAUGGCCUUCCCAGUCCCGAGCAGCUGGCUUACCUCCUGCAGCCCUUCCGGAAGCCCAAGAGGAUCCGGACGGCGUUCAGCCCGAGCCAGCUCCUCAAGCUCGAGCAAGCCUUCGAGAAGAACCAGUACGUGGUGGGCGCCGAGAGGAAGCAGCUCGCCCAGUCGCUAAAUCUUUCCGAAACACAGGUGAAAGUGUGGUUCCAGAACAGACGGACGAAGGAGAAGCGGAUCCAGCAGGAGGACGAGGGCGAGGGCGGCGGCGGCGACGGCAGCGGGGGCGCCGGAGAUGGAGGCGCAUCGGGAGGCAGCGGCGGAGGAGGCGGAGGGAGCAGCGGCGCGUCGGAAAAGUGUUCCUCCGCGUCCUCGACCUCUCCCGAAGGAACGUCGAAGCCCAUGGAGGAGGAGGAAGAGGAUGAGGAAAUCCUGGAGGACUCGGAGGAGGAAGGUGUGGGCGGCGGCCGUCUCGACCUCACCACUGGCUGAGGCCCCUUUCCCGCCCACUGAAGACGUGCCCACUUGAAGCCACGCCUGCGAAUUCCCGCCCAUAUCUCCUGACCGCGGCACAUGGCACAGCGGCGGGCGGAGGGACUGCCCGUCUCUUGCACUACAAGGACCUUGUCUACGCUCACGGUGCUGUGCGUGUGUGUCUGCGACAUGUACAUGCAUGUACAUUUAUAAACGCUCUAUAUUUGUCAUGAUGCACCUCUUGCGUGUAUGGAUACAUAUAUUCUCUGUAUUGAUGAGUAAACCUCUACGGCGAUAUAAAUGAACACGUAAAAAAGUACAUUGUGUGCACCUGUCUUAUUGGAGGAUUGGUCUCGAACGCUGAAAAGAGACCUUUAUGAUGCAUUUACACACGAACGGUAGGAAGUGCAGGUGCCAACUGGCGAGAGUGGCCGGCGAAGGAGGGCGUCGGGAUGGAGGCGGGCGAGAGGGCUUGAACUAGUCACGGACAAACAGGACUGCCUCGGCAUUGUGCUUACCGCAAGAAACGGUAAUAAUGGAUUGAUCACGCGGUGUUUGCCCGCGAAUGGACUCGAGUGAAACCUGUUCCGCCGUGCGUUCCGUUGUGCUUAGCUUGGGUGUCAUACACCUUGAGGGAGCGAGGUGGAACAACAAAGGGAAAUCGCGUUCAGCAGCAGGUGACCCGUGAAAGCAAAAUGGUGCAAGAACAAGGGAAUCAAUCAAGAGUCUCUCCUCGCGAGACGAAGACGCCUCUUGGUACCCUUCCUCUGACCCCGAGCCCGACGGCGUGUAAGACUCGUGCCAAAGUCUGUGAACUGUGCAUUGCAGACGCACCUGACAUCAGACGAUUCAUUGAUAAGACAGAAGAUUAACACAGCUUUGUAUUAUAAGUGUCGAGGCCUAAUACUUACUACAUUCCUCCCAUUAUGUUCUGCGUUGUUAGUUAUAAAUAACAAGCCGUUGUGAAUGCCCGAGUGAGUGAUGUGCAACUUUCGUGAUGUCAUCAGUCGCCUAGCGACCAUCCAUUUUCCCGAUAGUUGGAAAAGAAAGCAACUAUCGUGGUCCUCGAUACCUGUUCCAUAUUUUGAAAAGUUAAAGGGAUAUGAUUAUGCUUUAUUGAAUAAGGUUUCAUCUUUAUUUUGGGAUGUUUGACCGGCACUUGCAUGACAUUACUUUUCAGGCAGGAGAGAGCUAAAAGUGAUAUCUAGUUUUUAAUCUAGAAGCCAAAAGGGUUUCGAACCGCUUCUCCAAACCUGGAAGUAUUUUCAUGAAGUCCCAAAAAGUGUAGGUAGAUCCAGGAACGUUUAGCAUCGGGGACCACAUGCAGUGGUUCAAAUAUUAAACAAUGAUGUGAUUGGUCAAAUAAAAAUAGCUUUAUGAUAUUUCCUAGAUGUAUUUUUAUAUAUGCAAUUCCCUCUGUUGUAUAUGAAUUAUUUAAUGUUUUCUCUGUACGUUCUCUUCUGUACUAUUCUGUGGCGUUGUGAUAUUUUUGAGUGAAUAAAUUAUGACCGGAUGAGAGGCAGUCUAUUCACGGUUAUUCAUAAAUAUACGAUUCAGCAUUAACAUUAAUUUUGUUCAUUGGUUCUAAGAGAAUGGUUCACAAACGAUAUACCACCAGGUGCGAGACUGAUCAAAUUGAUUAAAAGCCGUACGAGUGCAUUCUUGCAAGCCAUUGCUAUAAUUCAUAAUUUUCCCAAGAAAUUAAAAUCUUACUACCGAAGGCAUUAGAGACAUGAAGUUGCAAUUAGGUCAAUGGACAGUACUUGUCGCUUAUUUUUCGUUCAUUUUGAAAAUCUGCAAACCCCAAGACAUGUAACUGAUAAUUAAAACACAUACACAUACUUGCAUGGACAAACACAACACACACACACACACAUAGACUAACACACACAUACACACACACAUAUUGUGUUUGUGUGUGACUCUGUGUCGUUCAACUUGUCGACCGCCGACAUCAGAUCCUGUUCGUUGCAUUAGUUUAAGAUAGCAUACUGUAGUUUAUUCAAACACACAGAAGUAAGAAAAAAACAGAGUGCGCCCUUAGUCACCUCCACUACCAUCAAACUUUUCUGUUGCUACAGAUAAUAAUGAUGAGGCUCGUGUCAUCUUCAUUCUAGUCGAUCUUACUUUGGUUCAAUUUCUCUCACUUCCUUUUUCUUAUCUUCAUUUAUCCUCUUGCCCUGUUCGCACAACGUAUUAGUACCAUUGGAUUCGAACGUAUUAUGCAAGGUCUCGAAUCCUUGCAAUGGCAGAUGUUUGCAUAGGAAAUAUCACCCCCUUAACAGCUCGAAUGGUAAGCCUCUAGCUACAGACACAGCAAACUUGUUCAUACCACUACACGGCUCAUCUCGUAGGCACGGAGGAACAGCAAGUUUGUUCCUCUGGCAAUUUCAGGAUAGCUAUAUCUGGAUUUUAGAUGUGGAAAAUUCUGAGGUCAAAGUUGCAGAGACAAACUAUGGCAUAAGAAAAGGAGGCAUAAGCAAAGGACUGUCUAAAUAGAUUCACCAAACAACUGUGAACCAAAGAGAUUAACUUUAAGCUGUGUAACUACGAGUGCGUUGCUAACAUCUUCCAGGAGACCGGAGUGUACUUCAUUCCGACCGUGAAAGAAGAAGAAAUAAGAGAAAGAAGACAGAGAUGUAGGAUGUAGGGAAGAAUAAUGAGAAAAGCUUGGAUGGCCAUAGUAGAAGAGUUGUGCCACCGAUGGCAUCACUUCCUAAAUAAGUGGUACAGUAAAGUAGUGUGAUGUCCCCCCUAUUCCUGGAUGGGAGGGUAAGAAUGGUAUGGUAUGAACAGGAUGGCCAUCGUGCAUAGAUGCCAAUUAGUGCUCAGUUUUCUUAAAAGAAGUACUACUUUCUGAUACACAAGAACUGCCAUAAUGCGGCCGAAGACUUUGACCGAUAUCAGUAACAAGUAUUGCGUAUCUGAUAGUGUUGUUCAAGAACAACAUUACCAAUUGAUUUUCCCGGUUUGCCUCAUUAUUAUCUAUAUUGUCAUUCUCAUUAUAUCAUUACUAUUAUUAUUGAUAUUUAUAUUAUUAUCACAAUCAUCA